GUUGAUUUAUACGUGUGAAUAAGCAUGGUGAAUUUCGUGCUUUUUGAAACUCCUUUUGGAUAUGCGUUGUUUGAGCGGUUGCAAAGUGAAGAAAUAGGCGUCAAACUUGAACAGGUUCAAAAGUCUGUAGAAGAUUUGGUAAAGUUUGGAAAAACUAUAAAACUUAAAGCUAUCGCUCCUUUUAAAAAUGCCGCUCACGCAUUAGAGAAUGCAAAUGAUAUAUCCGAAGGUGUUGUGAACGAUUAUCUCAAAGAAUUCUUAACAUCGAAUCUUUCACAACCUGGUUUAAAAAAGAAUAGUAUAAUUUUGGGUAUUGCAGACAAAAGUUUAGCUGGUUCGAUCAAAACUGAAUUAGGAUAUAACUGUGAUUAUGGCGAACUUGUUAUUGAGCUUUUACGAGGCAUUCGCCUCCAUUCAGAUAAAAUGUUGAGUCAGCUGAUAAAGGAUAAUGAUCUUGAGAAAGGUCAACUUGGGUUAGGUCAUAGCUAUUCUAGAGCCAAAGUCAAGUUCAAUGUUAAUCGAGCCGACAAUAUGAUUAUCCAGGCUAUAUCAUUGUUAGAUCAACUGGAUAAGGAUGUGAAUACGUUUGCUAUGCGUGUCAGGGAAUGGUAUUCAUGGCAUUUUCCAGAACUUGUUAAAAUCGUUAAUGAUAAUUAUCAGUAUGCCAAACUUGCCAAAUUUAUCAAAAAUAAGAGUGAACUGACUGAAGAACAAUUGGAUGGUCUUAUUGAAAUAACUGGGGAUGAAUCGAAGGCAAAACAAAUUCUUGACGCAGCCAAAUCAUCAAUGGGCACUGAUAUAUCUGAAUUGGAUAUGAUUAAUAUAGUACGUUUUACGGAUCGAGUAAUUGAACUAGCUAAUUACCGAAAACGAAUGCAUGAAUAUUUAUUGUCCAAGAUGCAUAACGUUGCUCCUAAUUUAUCAGCAUUAAUUGGUGAAAUUGUUGGAGCUAGAUUAAUUUCACAUGCUGGAAGUUUAACGAACCUUUCAAAAUAUCCCGCUUCAACCGUACAAAUUCUUGGUGCAGAAAAAGCUUUGUUUAGAGCCCUAAAGACAAAAGGAAACACGCCAAAAUAUGGUCUAUUAUAUCAUUCCUCUUUUAUCGGUCGCGCUGGAACUAAAAAUAAAGGCAGAAUAUCUCGAUUUUUGGCAAACAAAUGCACUAUCGCUUCCCGGAUCGACUGUUUUUCUGAUAAACCAUCAUCAGUGUUCGGUGAAGCCUUGAAAAACCAGGUAGAAGAGAGAUUGAAUUUUUAUGAACAUGGUACAGCUGUUACAAAGAACAUCGACGUAAUUACUAAAGCAAUUCAAGAGCUUGACGCAAUGGAUGUUGAUGAAGAGGAUGAAGAGAACGAUAACGAUAAAAAAGCGGAAAUAGUCUUGGGAAAACGCAAAGCAUCGCCGGAAUCAGAAGGAGUAUCCCCUAAGAGACAUAAAGAUUUGGGAUCUGAUGAUGCGAUGGAUGAAGAUGAAGAUGAAAAUGCUGAAAGUAAAAAGUCAACUAAAAAGAAAAAAAAGAAAAAAAGUAAAAAGAGUAAUACUGAAAAAACUCAGGAAAUAGCACUCAAAACUGCUGAAUCUGAGAAGGAAACAAAAAAUGAUGAUUCAAAAUCGGAGGAAAAAGAAAAAUAUGUUCUGGUAGUACCUUCAGAAUUAGAAUCUAGUAAAAAGAAAGAUAAGAAGGAAGCGAAUACUAUUCCAGAUACACCAAAAUCUGAUAAGAAAGAAAAGAAAGGUGAAGAACCACUUACUCAAGAAACACCAAAAUCUGACAAGAAAAAGAAAAAGAAAGAUAAGAAAGAAGAAGUAACUAUUAGCGAAACGCCAAAAUCUGAUAAGAAAAAGGAUGAGAAAAAUAAAGAAACGCCUAAAUCUGACAAGAAAAAGCAAGAUUCUACGGAAACAUCUAAAUUAGACAAAAAGAAAAAGAAAAAAGUAUAAUAUUUAAAAUUUUUUUUAUUAACUAUAUAUAUAUUUUGUAAUUAAAAUUUAUCUUUGAUUUUAAUAAAAUCAGCAUAUCGGCUGAUCAGAAAAGCCU